AUGGUGUUUAGCAAAGAGAUUCGAGCGGCGGCUAUCGAGGCCAUCAAGGCGGUAACCCAAAGAAGAAGGGAGGAGAUGGUUGCAAAAGUUGGCAGGCAGUUGUACGCUCUGUCUGCCGCCCAGAACAGGGCCAAAUUGAACUCUUCUGUGGCGUCAUCGAACCCUGUUCCUGGUGGAGAGCAGGAUGCGAACGACGAGGCCUUUGCAAACUCCAACGAAGAGGAGAGGAAGGGGAAGGGAAAAGAGACGGCCACAACUCCCUCUUCCACGGACCAGCAGACUACAGAUGAUACAUCUGUAACCUGGGAGUCAUCGGACCCCGAGACCGGUAGGUUCCAUCGCGCCGUGGUGAGCGGCUUAUUGCAGCACAAGCGGUGGAAAUGCGAGCAGCAGAGAGCCGCGCAGAUCAAAGCCAACGAGGCUCAAUCUUGUGGCCUGGCGCAUCUUGGUCUCCCUGACUCUUCUGCAAGUAGAGACGCAUAA